GCUAUAAACAUAUCGUAUCACUUCUGAGUUGUUGUUGAACUUCUUGUGAAUGGUUCUCAUGGAAUUUAUGUAUGUAUAUCGUAAGCUGUUGUUCUCCUAACAUGACUUGGAAAUACCGUGAAUGUCUCCGAUUACCACAUAAUGGGCUCCGCUUGCGUAAAACUGGAGCGUAACAAGAAAAGAAAUCAUGGGCGUUAGGAGAGAGGAACGAAAAGUUGGAUUCUAAAACGCAUUACAAAUUGCUUAAAAGAAAAACUAUAGAUUCCAGUUGGGGCUUAUAGCGCCCCCUAACGUCGAACUUGGAUAAAACUUCUAAAGGAUUUAUUUUGUCGGGUAUAUUCCUUUCAAUACGCUGUCUCUCUAGGCGUCUUGCAAGGUCGGCCAUAUUUAAGUACAUAACAUUGAUUUGAGGAAGCCUUAGAGCUGUCUCAAAUUAACAGACACAACUCAAGGUUUAAGUACUUACCUGAGUCGAUAAAACGUUCAUGAAACGCGUCUCAAAUAAUUACCUAGCUUGAGACAAAAGCUGAGUACAUUUCUGAAUUUAAGUAAUUACAACAGACUUUAGAUUUUUGUGAAAGCGGAGCCUGAUAAACAUUAAAAACAGUUAUGAAAACAACACUGAAUAUGUCCACAGAAAUGUGUGCACUUCCGUUGUUAUGUUUUCUUUACACAUCUGAUAUCACCUUUAAUCAACAGUAAGAAGUUAGCAGCUCAGCAAGUAUUAAAAUCGUUUAAAGAUUUCCUGCACAAAGUAUUGUUUCGAACAUUCAAAAUGUUUAAACAGGUUUUCACUAAGUUCUAAUCUAAACUUGUUGGGUAAACGCAAUCUUGAUGUUAUCAGUAUCGUUAAGUACACCUAAAUUACUGAUUACAUAUUAAGCUUUUUCAAAACAAUAACGUUCUAUCUUCUUAUAUGUAUAACAUUCAUAUGACAUUCAGGUUGUAAUGAGCUAAUUGAAAAACAAUAUAACACGGAACGUAUGCAUGAACUGGUCUGUAAAAGGAACACUCUAACAGUGUUAAAGAUGGGUGAAGGUGUCUUUCAUUGGUUGACUCUUGUCAUAUCGGUUAACAUCGUAUAUGUGGGAGCUGCACCAGUGAAGUUAUGCGACAAGUCGGCUGAUAUUGCAUUCUUGAUUGACAGUUCCAGUAGUAUUUGGAUAUACGACUUUGAAAAACAAAUUAAAUUUGUUCAGGAACUAGUGAAAAGGUUCAACAUUGGACCAGACACUAUCCAAGUCGCCGCUCUAACAUUCUCUCAUAACGUUGUAAACGAAUUUCAUUUCAACGAUGUGGACAGCGCUCAGGAGGCUAGUGACAGGAUCGGAAGGAUUGUACACGAAAGAGGAAAUUACACAUUUACCAAUUAUGCAUUAGAUAUCAUGCGUACAGAUCUCUUCUCGCCAAUAAAUGGAGCGCGCGCCCGUGUAGCGAAAAUUUGUAUACUGCUGACGGAUGGACAGUCGUCGUACCCUAAAGAAACAUUGGUACAAGCCAGACUGGCAAAAGAAUCCGGAAUUACUAUUCUAGCAAUUGGCAUUGGAGAUAGAGUGGACGAGCAGGAACUGAGGACCGUGGUCUCACCUCCAGCAAACCAGAACUAUUUUCAUUCAUCUACAUUCGAUAGGCUCAAAGAGAAGCUGUUUCCAGAGCUGAUAGGUCAAAUAGCGUGUGAUGAGCAGGAAGAUCAGCCACCCGUUGAAGCUUGCCAGGGGAAGAACGCUGAUAUUAUAUUUGUCGUUGACAUGUCCAGCAGUAUUUGGGUGAAACAUUUCAAAGAGGAACUGGAAUUUCUCGCAGACCUUGUCAGUAAUUUUGACAUAAACAGCGGAAAAACAAGAGUAGGAAUGGUGACGUUCAGCACUGCUACGGAAGUGCAGUUUUAUCUUGACAAAUAUAGGAGCCGGGAAGAUGUCAGAGAAGCCAUUCUAUCUACGCAAUCACACGGGGGUUUAACAAAUACUCAUCUUGCUCUACAAAGAGCGCGAUAUGAAAUGUUUAGCAUGAAGCAUGGAUCCAGGCGCGGUGUGGCCCACAUCUGUAUAGUCAUUACGGACGGUGUGUCUCGGAUUCCUGAAAUGACUUUAAUUGAGUCCAAUUUGAAUCACGAGGCUGGAAUCGAUGUCUUUGCCAUCAGUGUAGGACACGAAGUAGAUGUUAAGGAACUUCACCAUAUUGCAUCAAAACCAGAAUAUGUGUUCGAGGUGAAUGGAUAUGGCGCUCUGAAGCAUAUAACAAAUAUUCUAGCUGUCAAAACAUGUCAAGAAGAUGAACCACCCGUGGUGGCUUGCCGAGGGAAACGAGAGGACGUCGUGUUUAUAGUGGACAUGUCUAGCAGUAUAUGGGUGGUGGAUUUCCAGGAACAGCUGAAAUUUCUCUCUGAUCUCGUUGGCUUCUUUGAUAUAAAUGGUGAUAAUGCUAGGGUGGGAUUAUUGACGUUUAGUACGGAUACAAGGGUACAUUUCUACCUUAACACAUACAAUGUUCAGGAAGAAGUCAGUAAAGCUAUUCUUGCAAUCAAAUCUGAAGGCGGUCUGACAAACACACAUCUUGCACUACAGAAAGCCCUGUAUGAAAUGAUGACGCCGAUGCAUGGAUCGCGUAGUGAAGUGGACCAUGUGAUUAUUGUAUUUACUGACGGUUUAUCCAGGGUACCACGAUUAACGGCAAGACAAGCUCACAAGACUCACCAAGCCGGUGUUGAGGUUAUUGCUGUUGGUGUAGGAGACAGGACAAACAAAGCAGAACUCGAACAGAUUGCAUCUAGAAAAGAGUUUGUGUUCGAGGUCAGCGGCUACAACACACUACAGGAAAUCGGAAAUAUUCUGGCAAGAAAAACUUGUGAAGUUACCUAAUACGACAAACGGCUUACAUGUUAGGUAGAUAGCCAGUUGAUAUUCCAUACUUUUGUCAGGGUAAUCAUAUAUCAUUUUAUGGCCUAUCUCAUGGGAAUCUUCACAAUUGAACUCAAACACAUUUAUGCCAAAGCUACAGCUGUCAGUUUCUGAUUUCAAUGAGAAAACAUUUUUGUUAUUAUCUGAAUGGAGUGACUUGUUGAAAUAUAGUGUAAUCUUGGGAUGGACAUUCAUUUUCGACGCCAAUACAGGAUGUUUAUAAAUGUGGCAUGAGUGUUUUUUUCACUUUAAAAUGUAACACAAAUAGAUUUAUCUUCCUUGUUCUUAUCUUAAAAUGUUUAAUUUGAGAAAUAUGCGUGUGGAAUAAAUUAUGUGUGUUUAUUCGAUUGCCUGUUAUGUUAUUUCAAGUGUUAAAGUUACUUAUUUGUCAAAAUUUUACGCUUGAAUAAAGAGAACAUUUUGUAGUUCGAAAUGAAACAAAAUUUUGAAAUUUGCACUAAAAAUUUACAGAAGUGUUUGCCACUUGUACCUGGCAGCUUACUGACUCUUUCUUUAUAUUAACUGAUUAAGCAUUGCUUGAUAUUUGCGUCUUCUGAGUUUUCUAGAUGAACAUUUGAAAUUUUUUCUUGAAGAUAUGGUUAUUUUGAAUUCUUAACGUAAUGACGACCUUUUUGGAUACAGUGACACCAUAGAUUUUUAUAUGGAUGUUACUAAGAUUGAAAAUCGAUGCAUAACGAAUAUGAUAAUUCACAGGUGAAAAUAUAAUUUGUAUUUACAUUAGAAAAUAUGUCUUCAGUUAAUACAUUAGGUUUGAUAUUGUUUGGAAUAAACACAUAAAACUGUGA